AUGGCGUUCGAGGGCAUCACACUGCGGAUUCAAUCAGGCACAGCAGAAAAGGCACUCGGGAAAGCCAGGAACUCAGGCACAGCAGAAAAGGCACUCGGGAAAGCCAGGAACGUAAUUACUGAGCAGCAACCCAACUGGAAGGAAAUCGUAAACAAGAAGUUAAAGUUCCCGGAAGGCCUCCUCAGCGCCAUUCAAGAUGGGCACCUGGCGAAGGUCCAGAAGCUGCUGCAGGUGAGCGACGGGAUCCUGAGGCAGCUGGAUGAGACAGAGGACCGGACAUGGCGAGAGGCUCUCAACCUGGCCAUCCGCACAGGCGGGGAGGAGAUCACCAAGACGUUACUGCGCAUUGUCAAGUUUGACUUCCGGCAGGUCCACGAGGCCUUGCUGGUUGCCGUGGAUACCAACCAACCCAACGUAGUCAAGAUGCUGCUGGAUCGGCUUGACCAGGAGAAGGGCCUCAAGAUGGACAUCAAGUCCUUCUCGUCGGCCUUCUUUGACAACUCCAUCGACAACUCGCGCUUCGCCCCCGGCGUGACGCCCCUCACUUUGGCUUGCGAGAAGGACCUGUACGAAAUCGUGGAGAUGCUGAUGAAGAAAGGGCACACCAUCCCCCGGCCGCACAAGGUCUCGUGCGCCUGCCUGGAGUGCUCGAACGGCCGCAAGUUCGACCUGCUCAAGUUCUCUCUGUCGCGCAUCAACACGUACAAGGGCAUAGCCAGCCGGGCCCACCUCUCCAUCGCCAGCGAGGACGCCAUGUUGACUGCCUUCAAGCUCAGCCGCGAGCUCAAACGCCUCUCAAAGAAGGAACCCGAAUUUAAGCCAGAGUACCUGGCCCUGGAGCAGCUGUGCCAGGAGUUUGCCUUUGAGCUGCUGGGGAUGUGCCGCAACCAGAGCGAGGUGACGGCCGUGUUGAAUGACCUGGCGGAUGACUCUGUUGACGACGAUGAAGCGGACGUUGAUGACCAGGCCUUUGAGGAGGGGAUCCCCAACUUGGCGAGGCUCCGCCUGGCCGUCAACUACAACCAGAAGUGUUUUGUGGCUCACCCCAUCUGCCAGCAAGUGCUGUCAUCCAUCUGGUGUGGAAGCCUCCAGAGCUGGCGGGGCAGCAACAGCCUCUGGAAGCUCUUCAUCUCCUGCUCCAUCUUCGUGGCGAUGCCGUUCCUCUGCCUGAUCUACUAUCUUGCCCCCAAAUCCAAGGCUGGCAAAAUGCUGAAGAUCCCAGUGAUCAAGUUCCUGUUGCAUUCAGCCUCAUACGUCUGGUUCCUGGUUUUCCUGCUGGUGGAGUCACUGGUCCUGGAGUACCACCAUGAGUCCUUCUCGGGGCGGAACCAGAGCAUGUGGGAGACUUCACUCCACAUGAUAUGGGUGGCAGGUUUCUUCUGGUUUGAGUGCAAGGAGGUCUGGAUUGAGGGUCUGCGUAGCUACCUCUUGGACUGGUGGAACUUCUUGGACAUUGUCAUCCUCAGCAUGUACCUGGCCUCCUUCGUCCUCAGACUCCUGAUAUUCCUCAAGGGCCGUGUUUUCUGCCUGGAUGCCCAAGCGCCCUCUCCAGAAUGCCGUUAUUAUACUGAAGCUGAUCGUGGGGAGUGGCACACCGAAGACCCCCAGUUCAUGGCCGAGGUGCUCUUUGCAGUGACCAGCAUGCUGAGUUUCACCCGCCUGGCUUACAUCUUGCCCGCCCACGAAACCUUGGGGACGCUGCAGAUCUCCAUCGGCAAGAUGAUUGAUGACAUGAUUAGGUUCAUGUUUUUCAUGAUGAUCAUCUUGACUGCCUUCUUGUGUGGGAUGAACAACAUCUACGUCCACUACCAGGAGUCUGAGCGGCUGGGGAGCUUCAACGAGACUUUCCAGUUCCUCUUCUGGACCAUGCUUGGGAUGGAGAAACACGAUGUGGUCGACAUGCCCCAGUUCUAUGUGGCCGAGCUGGUAGGGAGGGUGCUCUAUGGGGUCUUCACCAUUGUCAUGGUGGUCAUCCUCCUCAAUAUGCUCAUUGCCAUGAUCACGAGGUCAUUCCAGAAAAUUGAGAACGAUGCCGAUGUGGAAUGGAAAUUUGCACGCUCCAAGCUCUACUUGUCUUUCUUCAGGGAAGGCUUGACCCUGCCAGUUCCCUUCAACAUCAUCCCAACACCAAAGGCCAUCUUCUACGUCAUCAGGGGCCUUUUCCGUUUCCUCUGCUGCUACAAACCGAAGCGGCAGCAAAAAUAUCCCCUGAUCCCAACCAUUUCUAACCCAUCCAUGGAGGAGGGCGGCCUGCGUGCGGAGAGCCGCGCUGCCUACCGGCGCCAGGUGCUCAAGGCGCUAGUGCAGCGCUACAUCGACACGGCCAGGCGGGAGUUUGAGGAGAGCCGGAGGAAAGAUCUGGGGAACCGCCUGACUGAGCUGAACAAGUCCGUGCUGCGCCUCCACUCUGAGAUGAAGCAUCUGCGCCGCACCGUGGUGGCCAAUGGCACAGCAUCCAACCCUCUGGAUGGGGCUAGUGUGCUGCGCAAGUACAUCAUGAAGGUGCGCAACAGCUUCCAAGGCUAUGAUAAUGAUUCAGGCAGCUCUGGUCCUGGGUCUCCUGUGGAGGUCGUUGUGCACCAGAAUGGGGUCAUAGUUGAGGAGGGUGAAACUCCAUUGCCUCAGGAACAUGCUGGAGGUGAGGUGGAAGCUGAAGAGAGGCCUCAGGUGGAACCAAAGGAGAAGCUGCCCCAGGUGGAAGAUGAAGAGAGGCUGCCCCAGGUGGAACCAGAGGAGAGGCCACCCCAUGUGCAAAUAGAGCUGGCAAUGGAAGAGGAGCCUGCAGAAGAGCCCGAUACUUGA